AUGCAUCUGCAGGUAAGAAGACCACCGGGGGUGACCCACGUACGUCUGGUGAUAGCAGACCCCAAACAGUGGGACGAAAGAAUCCAACAUGGAGCCCGAGAAGUGGUUGAGUUCUCCAUCCGGAGUGUGACACGCGUCAAUGCAGGGGUUUACUUCUGUAACUACUUAAAGGAAAAGACCUGGUCAGGACAAAGUGAUCCAUUGGAGCUCAUGGUGACAGGAGUCUUCAUGGACAUGCCCUCUCUAACUGCUCUUCCGGGUCCCAACGUGACCUCAGGGGGGCACGUGACCCUCCUCUGUCAAACAGUUUAUCACUACGACAUUUUCCUUCUGUCCAAAGAUGAGAGAAACGUCUUCAUCCAGGUCUAUUCCCAUCAAGAUCACAACUCCUUUCUCAUCUCCCCUGUGAAGUGGACCCAUGGGGGCACCUAUAGAUGCUAUGGUACUUCUAAACAACAUCCCUUCCUCUGGUCACUGCCCAGCAAACCCCUUGACCUUUUGGUCACAGGCUUUUUCACCAAACCUUCCAUCUGGACACACCCGAGUUCCCUUGUGAAUUUGCAGAGGAGCGUGACAGUGUGCUGUGCUUCAGAAGUCGUAUUUGAGAAGUUUCUUUUACACAAGGAGGGAGACGGUCAGUAUUCCCAGCAGGCUGUGGAAAAGCUUCCUGCUGUGAAAGCUUGGGCUGACUUCUCCGUGGGACCUGUGACAUCCGCCCACGUGGGGACUUACAGGUGCUACGGUUCCCACAAUCACUCCCCUUACACGUGGUCACACCCCAGUGACCCCCUGGAGCUUGUGCUCACAGGCGUGCACAAGAAGCCUUCUCUCAGAGCACAUGCAGGUCAUGUGGUUUCAUCAGGGGAGGACAUGACCUUGUGCUGUCACUCAGAGAGCUCAUUUGACAUGUACCAUCUCUCCAGAGAAGGGGAUGCCCUUGGAUCCUGGCUCCCGGCAGUGCAGAGGCACAAGGGCACAUGCCAGGUUGAGCUGGGCUGGGGGCCUCCAGAGAAGCAGAAGCUGCGCCAUGUCUCUCGCAUUGACCGGCCUGGUGUGUCUUGUUGCUCAUGA